CUUCCCUUUCUUCGCCGACUCCCCAAACCCUAGCCUUUGCUUGUUGCGGCGGCGGCGGGAGCGAGAGAGAUGGCGAAGUCGCUGCGGUCGAAGCGGGAGAAGCGGCUGCGAACGCUCCGGCGGGAGAUCGCGGAGCCCUUCUACGACAAGAAGGAGGCCGCCAAGCUCGCCGCGCAGGCUGCCGCCCUUGCCGCUCCCCCGCUCCCGGUCCGCGCGCCCCCGCAGCCCCAGGAUGCCGGCAGCUCCCGCGCCGCCGCCGCCAGCUCGGCCUCGGCCAUGGAUGUGGAGAUGUCUGAUGGAGGAAGCAACAAGCCUAAAUCCUUCUUGAAGCCAAUUGGCAGCAUUAGCAAGAAGAAGGUACAGCUUCUUUUGAAGAUCAAGAAAGACAAGAGAAAAGCUAGAAAGAAGGGUAGAUUUUCUUUUGCGAAGAAGUAGAGACGUGAAAUCUUUUAUCUUAUGAAUGUUGCAGUUUUGUUUUCAGUUUUCAGUUUGAACUACGCAUGUAAUGGUUAUCUUGUGCACCUAAUUGCCAACCAUCCAUUCUUGGGUGGCUACUAAUAUGUUGAAAUGAGCUAUGAAAAAGGACACUGGUGGCCUAUUCAGCAGUUUCUAUCA